UCAAAUUUCGAAAAUGGCGGAUUUUGUUUCGUACGCAGCCGGAGCUCUUAUUACAACCGUAACCCAUCCUCUUGGUUAUGCUAAAGUCCUAAUCCAGCUGGGACAUGAACCAUUGAUUCCUUACUUGUCUAAAGAGCUGAUAAGUCGUCGAGAAAGAUGGUACUACCCAAACAUCUUCAAAUAUAUUGGUCAUAUCAAGAAAAGGGAUGGUUUGCUUGGUCUAUGGAGGGGAUUUGUUCCUCAGCUCACAGAGAGUGUUGUCAGGACAUACAUAACCUACAAUAUGACAGAGGAACUGAAGAAAAGAUUUCCAAUCCAGGAAACUGAAGAUGAAUCGGACAUCAUUAUCUUCCUAAAACACUGUGGAAUUAAGACAUCUCGUGAAGUGGCUGCCAAGUCCCUGGCCAUUGUGUGUAGUCAGCCAUUUCAGGUGAUUGCAAUAAGGACCAUGGCACAAUUCAUCGGAGAGGAAACCAUGUACAACAAUAUAUUUUCCUCUAUAUCAGAAAUCUACAGACUGGAGGGAUUUUCUGGAUUUUUUGCAGGCCUUGUACCAAGGGUGAUUGGAGAAGCCAUCACAAUAGCACUCAUUAACCUACUCUCCGAUCUCAUCAACCAGUAUCUGGUGGAAGAAAAGGAGUACAGGUCUUACACAGCUGUUGCCUGCAACCUUGCUGUGUCCCAGAUCACCUAUCCCUUCGUACUAGUGUCCAGAAUCAUGUGCAUUAACAACUCGGGUCUGGCCGCAGCCUCGCCUCCAUACAUGAUUUACUAUGCAAACUGGCGAGAUUGCUGGACCAAUCUGAAAAAGACGGGGGAGUUGAAUCGCGGAUCGUCCAUGUUUUGGAGAGUGUGUCACAGUCUUGACAGACACAAUCAGCGCUACAAUCCGCCCAUUGACUCCUACAGAAAGUAUGCCAGUUUCUGAAAGUAAAAGUUCCCAAGUGAACAAAGUGAAAGUACAAAUUUUGCAGAGAAUGAAUGUGUGUUGGUGAAAAAAAUAGGACAAAAAUGUAUCUCUUAUACCAGACUUAUCAUAAAAACUAUUUAGUUUACCUUUUAAAAUAAGAAAAGUUAUUCAUGUGUUAGAAAUUUCAGAUUUCUCUUAUUCAUAAGAAUUGUAUAUAUACAAUUAUGUAAUACCGUUUGGUUAAUCUAUUGACACUGAAGAACAGUAUUACUUAACAUUGAAAAAGUCUAUUGUUAAUGUUUUUGUUUGUUUUUUUCAAAAAUAGACAAAACUUAUUUUAAAAAAAUGCAUCUACAUGUGUUUUUGAUAGAAGGUAGAUGGUUUUUAUCAUAUUUUUAAGAACACCCCAGACCAUGACAUUUAUGGUUGUGAGGAAAACUACUGUGUAUUUAAUGCAAAAAUGAAAAGCAUUAGUUUUUCAGACUUUCAAAAUAAAAUGUAGUAAGCAAGAUUUGAAAAGGGGAAUAACUCAUAUCUUGAAAAAAAAUCAGUUCCCAUAAUUAAUAUGGUAAUAAGAUUUAAUAAAUUAUUUUUAAUUUUCUUACAUUUUGUAAUGUUUUAUAAAAUUCAUGGAAGGAGGUGACAUAGCACAGCAGCCAUACCACUAUCAUUCACACCCAAACUCUGAACAUCAAUAAACAAUGAUGUAUAUGUACAUGUAUAUGAAGACAUACAGUUCUUCAGGGGUUUUUUAUUAUUUGAACAUCUGUUGAUAUGAAUAGCUGAUUUUUAUCUGUUUAAGGUUAUUUACAGGAGCUCAUACAUUUUGUUCGAUGAACUGGAUUUUGGUUUUAUGAGAUAAGUGGCACGCUACAUGUGGAUGUAAUGUAGAUAACUGUAUUUAAAAUGCCAAGCUAAUUCAAUCUGUGCCAGAGUCGUUGUGCUAUCUCUAUAGAGUGCUGAUUCCAUUUGUUUAUGAAUACGAGAGUUCUCUUGGAGGAUAUGUUGGGACUAUUGUAAAAAAAAAAUGUGUUGCUUAAACGUUAUCAGAAUCUGUACUUACUAUAGGUUUCAAGUUCAUUCAUUCAUUAGAAAUGGAUAUUUUCUAUUUAAUAGCAAGAUUAGUGAUGAUUUUUUUCUUGAAGUACAUCUUUGAAUACUGUAUAUUCUUUUUUUGCAUUUUUAUAGUCUUUACUUAGUUUAUAAAAAUAUCGAUUUUUUUUAAAAGAGAGAGAGGGGGAAUAAAUUAUUUGAUAAGUGUAAUUGCAACUACCAUCAAAUAAAGUGUGCAUCAACUGUU